UUUUUUUUUAGUAAAUCGAAGUCGAAAAUGGAGGAAGGUGUUUCAGUAAAACACGAAGGAAAAAAUUUGGAUAUUAAACAGGAAAAACAGGAGAACCUCGAUCCGUACAAAUGUGAAUUCGAUUCCGGGAGCCAGGAUAGCAGCAAAAGCGGUGGAAGUGGUUAUCAGCGGUGGGCGCCUAACUUAAAUGGAGUCAGGAAAAGUGCAUUUACGCCAUACAAAUCUGUCCAGUGUACUGCGCUAACUAAUCUUCAGAGAGGUAAUACGCAGGCGCGGGUGCCGGAGCUGCCUCAGCCCGACUGUAGUUUCCACGCGAAGGCCGGUCGCGGGGAGAUCACUCGCGACGACGUGAAGCUGGAGCAGUAUGUCGACAUCACCGACGAGCACGGCCUCACCGCCCUGCACUGGGCAGCCAGCUACGGCCAGCUAAACAGCUGCCAAGACUUAGUUUGGAGUGGGGCCACUGUCAACAUGAGAGGCCCUGAGGGGGAGACUGCUCUGCACCUAGCAGCCGCCGGUGGUCAUCAUGAGAUUGUCAAGUUUCUGUUGAAUGAAGGUGCUGAUGCUGAUAUUCAGGAUGAUUCUGGAAGUACCGCGCUGAUGUAUGCUGCUGCUGCCGACUUUCCUUAUACCUGUAAUGAGCUUCUUAUCCAUGGUGCGGACCUCACUCUUACCAAUGACUAUGACCAAGACGCCUACACUCUGACUACAACUAACAAUUGUAAAAUGGCACAAACUGUGAUAGAAAAUUUUCUGAUUGGCUGCCUCAGCAAGGUGUGAAGGAUUUUGUUGCUUUGGACAACCAAUGUUAAUUUGUUUUACAGAGACAGAU